GGCAGCGCCGCGUCCGUGGCGCCGGGGCCGUCCCCGCGAGCUGUCCGUGGGCAGGGCAGGGCAGGGCAGGGCGGGCAGCGCUCGGCAGCGCUCGGUGCCUGCAGUGCCGGGAGGAGGCUGCGGGCGCCGCUGUUGCCCGAGGAGGAGCGAGAGGAAGGCCGGAGCGCUGCAGGCAGCCCCGCCCGCUGCGGCCCGGCUCGCUCGCUCGCUCGCUGGCUGGCUCGGCGGCCGGGCGGUCUGCGAGCGUCCCCGCGGUGCGGAGCCGUGCUGCAGCGAGGCGGAGGGGCCGGCGGCAGCGGCCGGGAGCGGCGAGCCGGGGCCGGAGCGGCGAGUGGGAGCCGGAGCCGGGGCCGCGGCGGAGAUGUGCGCGGCGGGGAGGCGCCGGGGCCGGCGGGAGCGAGCCCUGCUGUGGUGCGUGCUGGUGGCGGCGUGGGAGGCGGCGUGGGGGCAGCUGCGCUACUCGCUGCCCGAGGAGAUGCCGAAGGGCUCGUUCGUGGGCGACGUGGCCGCGGACCUGGGGCUGCAGCUGCCGGCGCUCGGCCCCCGCGGCGUCAGCCUUGUCUCGGCAGGUAGGACGCCGUAUUUCGCCCUGCACGGGAAGACGGGCCAUUUGGUGACGGCGCAGAGGAUAGACAGAGAGCAGCUGUGCCGGCUGCAGGAGAGAUGCGUGUUGCGCUGCGAGGUGAUCGCGGAGGGGGAAAUGCACGUUUACGGAAUCGAAGUGGAGAUCACGGAUAUUAACGACAACGCGCCCAGCUUCAAAGAAAUUGAACUAGAGGAGAAAAUAAGUGAGACGACAGCGCCAGGGUCGCGGUUCCCCCUCCGGGUCGCGCACGACCCGGACUCGGGGCCGAAUUCGGUGCGGAGCUACGAGCUGAGCGGCGACGAGCACUUCUCGCUGGCCGUGCGGGCGGGCCCCGGCGGGGAGCAGCGUCCCGAGCUGGUGCUGGCGAAGGCGCUGGACCGGGAGGAGGCGGCGUUUCACGAGCUGGUGCUGAGGGCGAGCGACGGCGGCGAGCCGGCACGGACGGGCACGGCGCGGAUCCGCGUGGCGGUGCUGGACGCGAACGACAACGCGCCCGUGUUCGGGCAGGCGGAGUACACGGCGCGUGUGCCCGAGGACGUGCCCGUGGGCUCCACCCUCCUCACAGUCACGGCCACCGACGCCGACGAGGGGACCAACGGGCACGUUGAAUACACUUUCCAUAAAAUUUCAGAACAUGCUUCGGGACUUUUUAAUAUCGACUCUGAGACAGGAGAAAUAUCCCUUAAGUCCGAUUUAGAUUUUGAGGAAAUUUCCUCGCAUGAAUUGGAGGUGCAGGCACGAGACGACGGCGACAUUUCCGACACAGCGAAAGUGGCGAUCACGGUGACAGACGUGAACGAUAACGCGCCCGAGAUUUCGGUGCGGUCGGCGCUGGGCGAGAUCUCGGAGGACGCCCCGUCGGGGACGGUGGUGGCCCUGCUGCACGUGCAGGACCGGGACUCGGGGCCGAACGGCGAGGUGCGGUGCUCGCUGGGCGGGGGCGUCCCGUUCCGGCUGCAGAGCUCGCAGGGCAGCUACUACCGCGUGGUGACGGCGAGGGAGCUGGACCGGGAGGAGGUGUCGGAGUACAACGUGACGGUGCGGGCGGCGGACGGCGGGUCGCCGGCGCUGUGGAGCAGCGCGGUGCUGGCGCUGCGCGUGCUGGACGUGAACGACAACGCGCCGGUGUUCGCGGAGGCGCGCUACAGCGCCCGGCUGCCCGAGAACAACGCGGCGGGCGCGCUGGUGCUGACGGUGCGGGCGGCGGACGCGGACUGGGGGCAGAACGCGCGCGUGCGGUACCGGCUGGCGGAGGGGCGGGUGCGGGGCGCGCCGCUGUCGUCGUACGUGUCGGUGCAGGCGGAGACGGGCGCGCUGUACGCGCUGCGCUCCUUCGACUACGAGGAGGUGCGCGAGGUGGGGCUGUGGGUGCGGGCGGAGGACGGCGGCGCGCCGGCGCUGAGCAGCAACGUGUCGGUGCGGCUCGUGAUCGUGGACGAGAACGACAACGCGCCGCAGGUGCUGUACCCGCCGCCGGCGCCGGUGCCGGUGCCUGGCGUGGGCGCGGGCGCGGUCGCGGUCUGGGCGGGCGUGGAGCUGGCGCCGCGCUCGGCGGAGCCCGGGGCGCUGGUGGCCAAGGUGGUGGCGGUGGACGCGGACGCGGGUCAGAACGCGUGGCUGUCGUACGAGCUGGCCAAGGCGACGGAGCCGGGGCUGUUCCGCGUGGGGCUGCACAGCGGCGAGGUGCGCACGGCGCGCUUCCCGCUGGCCCGCGACGCGGCGCGGCAGAGCCUGGUGGUGGUGGUGAAGGACCACGGGCGGCCGGCGCUGUCGGCCACGGCCACGCUGACGGUGGUGCUGGCCGAGAGCGUGGCCGAGCUGCUGUCGGAGCUGGGCAGCGCGGCGGCGGCGCCGGGCGAGCCGGCCGGCAGCCUGACGCGGUGGCUGGUGGUGGCCGUGGCGGCCGUGUCCUGCCUCUUCCUCGCCUUCCUGCUGCUGCUGCUGGCGCUGCGCCUGCGGCGCUGGCGCCGCUCGCAGCUGCUGGCGGCGGGCAGCGGCGCCUUGCGCGGCGUGCCGGCCUCGCACUUCGUGGGCAUCGACGGCGUCCGCGCCUUCCUGCACUCCUACUCGCACGAGGUGUCGCUCACGGCCGACUCGCGCAAGAGCCAGCUCCGCUUGUCGGGCGGCAGCUGCUGCGACACCCUCCCGGCCCGGCCGCCGCCCGACGAGCCCGCGCCGCUGCUCGGGGAGGACCCCGCCGCUGCCCCGGUGAGUUCCUCCUGCCAGCCCCACUUGCUGCGCGACCUCUCCCCGCGCUGCUCUGCUCUGCCCCUUCCGUGCCGAGUCGUGGCGCCUGCCGCGGGAGGGGGAGGUCCGAGCAAGGCAGCGGCUCCCGCAGCAGCCGGCGCCGUGUGCCGGUGCCACUUGCCCGCGGGAGGCGACCGCGGGGUUGCGGCUCAGCGCCCCAGCGGGAGAAGGGGGGAGUGGCCGCGAGAGUCUGCGGGUGGCUGCGUGGGAGGGGCACUGCGGGAAACGGGAGGUCUGUCUUGCUGGUUCCCGAUCCCUUAA